GCGAUCUCCGCCAUCAUUGGCUGGAUGACUUCGCCAAAUUUAAGGUCACGAUUCUGAUUUUGAAAAAGCCCGAGUCUUGAAUCUUCAAACUUCAUUGAUACCGCCGACGGCAUCAACAUGCCCCUUCUCUCGGCUUUUCGCGCAGUGCGCGACUAUUCGCGCGACCAAAAUAAUGCAUAUCUCGCCAACACCGAUAAGUUUUUCUGGCGCAUGGGAGAUGUUAUCACGAGAACUUGGGAUCUCGGGUUUACGGCGUUUGGCGGCCCUCCCGUCCACUUUCAAAUCGAACAUCGUCGAUUUGUGCAAGGAACACAUGGCCGCAUACCAUGGAUUGAAGAACAAGUGUAUCAAGAACUGUUCGCAAUCUGUCAAGCCUUACCCGGGCCUGGUAGCACUAAGAUGUUAUUUUGUAUCGUUCUGAUACAUGCAGGUAUACUCUCCGCAUUACUCACUUUCCUGAUUUGGAGUCUGCCUGGAGCAAUCGGCAUGUUUUGUCUGUCUCUGGGAGUUCGUCAUAUCAACGAAGUUCUCCCUGCCGUUGCGUACGCUUUCCUUUCUGGCUUGAAUGCAUCGACAGUGGGCAUUGUCGCGCUUGCUGCCGUCCAGCUCGCAGAGAAAGCUAUCAAGGACCAGAUCACUCGCAUACUGGUAAUCUUUGGCGCUUGCGCAGGUCUAUGCUAUACGGCCUUAUGGUACUUCCCGGUUCUUAUUAUCGCUGGCGGUAUUGCCACCGUUAUUUGGGACUUGUGGCUUAAACAACAAAUUGGAAAAAUCAAAGCUAAACGGGCGGCCAAGAAGCGCGAGCAAUCUCAGCCACCUGAGCCACCCGAGCCUGCGUCUGUCGAAGCGAACGAGCCAGCCAAUCUACCUGAAAGCAACACUAAGCCGAGCCAGCAAGGUACUGGUGUUCAACGGAGGCAUGCAGCACAGACAAGCUCGCACACUGAACCAGGCCCGAAGACUGAGGCACCGCAAAUAACUGAGGAAGUUGACCGUACAGAUAUGAAGUCCUAUGCGAUACCAGUAACAAUUGGUUUGACUAUCAUUGCAGCAUUUUUUGUCUCGUUCAUCGCCAUCCUCGUUGCCCGAGGAGUCGUUGACGAUCCGCCGAGACCGCUUGAUCUCUUUGCCAACAUGUAUCUUGCCGGUACCAUCAUCUUCGGCGGCGGUCCUGUCGUGAUUCCGCUUCUGCGCGAAUACGUCGUUCAGCCCGGCUGGGUCUCCACGCGAGACUUCUUGAUCGGUCUCGCCAUCAUCCAAGCAUUCCCUGGCCCGAACUUCAAUUUCGCCGUCUACUUGGGGGCGCUUGCCAUUCUGGGCACGCCCCACUCCACCGUGCUGGGUGCUUUCCUCGGCUUUAUGGGGAUCUUCACGCCGGGAAUCACACUGGCUGUGGGGUUCCAGAGCCUGUGGGCCACCUUGAGGCACAAGCCGAUCGUGAUUAGUCUGUUGCGCGGGAUCAAUGCCACCGCUGUUGGACUCGUGUUUACCGCUGUCUACCGGCUGUGGGAGAUCGGCUAUCUGACUCAAGAGAGCUCGAGCGGACAGAGUUUGGGUCAAGAUCCUUGGUGGGUGGUGGUCACCACUCUCACAUACGCUGGCAAUGCGUGGUUCAAAGUGCCUGCUCCUGUAGCUAUCAUGACCGGAGGACUGUUAGGUCUUUGCUGGUAUGGUGCUGUUGGGCGAUGAUUACCUAGAAUAGAAGCAUAUUUAUGGGUGCUUUCCAAUGCGGACAUAAUCGAGGAAGAUUGGCAGGAGUGUUUGUUUCUCUUGGGUAGAGUAGUUCAGCAGAUAGGCCCGGACGUUGAGGCCGGCGUGCCAUCACUUGCUGCGCACAUUCUGCCAAACCAGUUCUACAAAUGUCAAGACAAAUCGGGAUAAAUUACGAUGAGAAAAUCAGCUGUAAGCUGGUAUUGAAAUUACGGUUCUUAUUGGCUGCUCAUUCAAUAAGAUCUUACUAUUAACGGAAAAC